UUACACUGCUCGUGGACGUAGAGUGUCAACUCGGCUCCAAUUGAGAGGGACACACUGUAGAAACACGUCAUCUUGUUGCUGCUGACUUUUGGUUUGGUUCGGUUUCAGGAAUCAGAAGGGAAAAGUUAGAUACUGUUUUUAUUAUUACAUUUUAACUAAAGUUAACAAAACAAAUGGAAGAUACUGAAGACCAAAUGCAGCAAUCGGAAUUGGCUGUGGUGGAAGAGAGGAACCGCAUGUGCGAUGAAUUUGCCUCCAUAACGAGCACAGAUAAUGCUGUGGCACAAGGAUACCUCGCUGAAAACGACUGGGAUAUAGAAAGGGCAGUACAUUCUUUUUUUGAAGCUGACGUUGAGACAAUCCCUUGUGAUAUAUCCCCAGAGCUGGAUUCGAACAAGAAAAGCAAUAUGAAGUGCGGAUCAGAGCCUCUCGUUUGUAUUGACCUGACUGAAGAAGAGCCAGCCAGUGGAAGUAGUAGUACAGUUGAGGGUGGUGGUUCUAAAGUCCAGACCGAGCCAGAGGAUAACAGCAGGUUUUCAGUAUUGACCUGGAACAUCGAUGGACUUGACAUUACAAACCCACUUGAACGUGCCAGGGGGAUAUGUUCAUACAUAGCACUGUAUAGCCCCGAUGUGGUGUUUCUUCAAGAAGUUGUACCGCCGUAUUUGUCCUAUCUGAAAAAAAGAGCAGUCAGUUACACAAUCGUUGAAGGAAAUGAGGAUUGCUAUUUUACUGCAGUAAUGUUGAAGAAGUCUCGAGUUAAACUCCUAAAGACAGAAAUAAUUCCUUUCCCUUCUACGUCAAUGAUGAGGAAUCUGCUAACCGUGCAGGCCAGUUUUUGUGGCAUUGAGUUGCACUUAAUGACAUCCCAUUUGGAAAGCACUAAAAACCAUUCAGGCGAAAGAAUUAACCAACUGAAGACAGUAUUGACAAAAAUCAAAGAAGCACCUGAGACAUCUAUAGUGAUAUUUGGAGGUGACACCAACCUGAGGGACCAAGAGGUUGCUAAAAUUGGAGGUUUACCCAGCAACGUGUGUGAUAUUUGGGAGUACCUUGGAAAACCUGAGCACUGCAGAUAUACCUGGGAUACGAAAACAAACCACAACCUGCAGGUAAACUACGUUAGCAGGAUGCGCUUUGAUCGUGUAUUCUUUCGAGCAUCGAAAGGUGGGGGUCAGAUCAUUCCACAGAACAUGGACCUCAUAGGACUAGAAAAGCUAGACUGUGGCAAAUUCCCCAGUGAUCACUGGGGGAUCUACUGUGAUUUUAGGGUUGUAUUAUAAAGCGAAAAAUGUAAUUUUAAGUGUAUAAAAAUAAAGUUGCUUUUAUGUGUUAUGUCAGUAUACAUAAUUAUGCCUUUAAAAAUUACUUUGAAAUACCAGAAAAUAAAUGUCUUUGAAGUUUGACAUGAUUGUUAAUCUAUUGUACCUGUUUAGACCCGCUUUUAUAUUUUCAUUCCUAGAAAUUUGAAUUAAUGCACUUUACAGCAUAUUUUUAGCAUUUUAUACUGUCCUAAUGUUGGUUGAUACCAGCUUAGAACAAAUCCGCCUUUGUAUAUAGGGUGACUUGACAGGUUCCUGGACAUGCCAGGGAAAUGUAAGAGGUGUAGAGCAAUGAUCCUUGGCAAGACAAGCAUAUAUGUACCUCCACACUUAUAUGCCUCUUUUGCUUCCAUCUCAUCUCAGCUUUCUGUAGAGCAGAUACAUGCUUUCAUUAGACCUCUUUUCCUCUCAUAGCAGUCCAGUGCAGUCCACCCUAGUAAUGGUGUUGAGUCUCAGUGCCUGGGAUCAACCUUCACUUUGUUGUAUUGUAAAUAUGUAAUGUUCUGUUUAAUCAUUAAACCAAAAUGUUCACUUUA